GUAGCUGGGACUACAGGAUUGAGCCACCACACCUGGCUAAUUGUUCUAUUCUUAGUACUGACAAAGUCUAACUCUUGCUUAGGCUGGUCUCGAACCCCUGAGCUCAAACAAUCCUUGGACUCCCGGAGGGCUAGAAUUAUAGGUGUGAGCCACUGCACCUAGCCUAUGUAAGUUUUUAACUAGGAAGUUCUCUUCCCCCAUGAUUGAUUGGCUUACCCAGUGCCAGCACCAUGCAGUGUGUGCCCUAGUCCAGAGUCCCUGGUUACCUCAGAAUCAGCAAGUGGGCAGGGGAAGCUAGAAUUCAGAAGAAGGCCAUGGUCUUUUCUCUCAGGAGUCUCCACCUGUCUAAGGUCAGCAGCCACUGGAAACUUGUAGCUGUGAUGCUGCCAGGAAAGGGGUGGUGGCUGAGCACACCAUCACUAAACAAAAGAGUCACCCCUUUUGAUAGCACUUCAUUUGUGCCAGGCCCAUCCUGAGGACAUCACAAAUGUUGACUCAUGUAAACUUCAAAGCCAUUAAGAGGCAGGUACAACUGCUGUUCCCCGUUGUAUAGAUGAGGAAGCUGAGGCCUCAUGACUACUAGGGAACCAACCCAAGGUCAAGCAGCCCAGGAACUGCUGGAACCAGGAAUGAAACCAGUGUCAUUUCUAGCCCCAGAGCCAGUGUCAGAGCACCCUGACCUCCCAAGUGGUUUUCCAUUCCUUCCCUAGGCCUUUCACAGGUGGAACACCUCUCUAAGCCUCCUUUCCCCAUCAGCCAUGUCUUUGACCAUAGCCACUCCAGGCUUUCAGAGCAAAUGGGAUCAUGUCACCCACAUAUGAGGAAAUGGAGGUCCUGAAAGGUAUAUGAUACGUCCAUGUCCCCUAAUCGUAAAGGUAAUGGGCAGAGAAAGAAGUUCCUAUGUGAGAACAGCAAGGAGUAUUUAUGAAGUGUCUACUGAGACUGCGUGCCAGAUAUUGUCCAGACACGGGAGACUCAGCGCAGACAGGAGGACUCAGGCCCUAACCAGGUGUGGUGACAUUUAGCAUGAAAGCCAAUUAACAAGAUAAUUCCAGACAUAGUGGCAAGUGCUUUUGAGAAUACAGUAAGGAGAAAGGCCAGAACACUUCUAGGGGAGAUGAGUUUUGUCCUCCAUCCUCACCUCACUUUAUAGAGAGCUGUAUGGUGAGGACAGGGACUAUGCUGGGGCUCCCAAUGGUAUUCUCCCCACAACUGUGAGAAGAGGACGGGUGUGGACUUUUAUUCCCUUAUUCUAGAAGGAGACACCACGGAUGGAUUAGGCAGUUUGCGGACAGUCACAGUGCAGACCACCAGCUGAGCGGCCACUGGCAGGCGUAUCUUUCCCUGGGGAAGGGGCGGUGCAGCAUGAGGGGCGGAGUUGUCCAAAGCCCCGCCCCUUCUCCGAGCCGCGGGUGGUCAGACAAUUCAACCAGGAAGGGGCGGGGCGCACUAUAGGCUGUGUCACCUCUGGUAGAAAAACAAUGUAGCGAUUGGCUCGCCCCGGUGAGUGGGCGUGGCCUCCUCUGGCCUGUGCGCGCGCCUCGAGGAGGCGUUGCGGAGGGCAGAGAUGAGAAGGGCGUGGCCCCGCGCGGGCGGCCGUUGGCCGCGUGGCUCCGCCCCGGAUGUCUUGCGUCGCUAACUGGGCUGCGGCGAUUGGUAAGCGCAACGCAGGGGGCGGGGCAGAAGGUUCUGGAGGGGGCUGGCGGGCUCUGGAAGCUUCCGCCGGACGGGUAUAAAGAGUCCGGGACGGGGCGGCGGCGGAGCCGGGGGACGGCGACAGCGGGGCGGCGGGCCGCAGGCGGGGGCCAUGGGCAAAGACUACUACCAGAUCUUGGGCCUGGCCCGUGGCGCGUCGGACGAGGAGAUCAAGCGGGCCUACCGCCGCCAGGCGCUGCGCUACCACCCAGACAAGAACAAGGAGCCCGGCGCCGAGGAGAAGUUCAAGGAGAUCGCCGAGGCCUACGACGUGCUCAGCGACCCGCGCAAGCGCGAGAUCUUCGACCGCUACGGGGAAGAAGGCCUGAAAGGUGGUGGCUCCAGUGGCGGUAGUGGCGGUGGUGCUAAUGGUACCUCUUUCAGCUACACGUUCCAUGGAGAUCCACAUGCCAUGUUUGCUGAGUUGUUCGGUGGCAGAAAUCCCUUUGACAACUUUUUUGGGCAGCGGAACGGGGAAGAAGGCAUGGACAUUGAUGACCCAUUCUCUAGCUUCCCCAUGGGCAUGGGUGGUUUCCCCAACAUGAACUUUGGACGCUCCCGCCCUGCCCAAGAACCCACCAGAAAGAAGCAAGAUCCUCCUGUCACCCAUGACCUUAGGGUUUCCCUUGAAGAGAUCUAUAACGGCUGUACCAAGAAGAUGAAAAUCUCCCAUAAGCGUCUAAACCCCGAUGGAAAGAGCAUUCGAAAUGAAGACAAAAUCUUGACCAUCGAAGUGAAGAAGGGGUGGAAAGAAGGGACCAAAAUCACCUUUCCCAAGGAAGGAGACCAGACCUCCAACAACAUUCCAGCUGAUAUCGUCUUUGUUUUAAAGGACAAGCCACACAACAUCUUUAAGAGAGAUGGUUCUGAUGUCAUUUAUCCUGCCAGGAUCAGCCUUCGGGAGGCUUUGUGUGGCUGCUCAGUGAACGUCCCUACUCUGGACGGCAGGACCAUACCAGUUGUAUUCAAAGAUGUCAUCAGGCCUGGCAUGCGGCGAAAAGUUCCUGGAGAAGGCCUCCCCCUCCCCAAAACGCCCGAGAAACGUGGGGACCUCAUUAUUGAGUUUGAAGUGAUCUUCCCUGAAAGGAUUCCUCAGACAUCAAGAACCGUACUUGAGCAGGUUCUUCCAAUAUAACUACCUGCAUUCCCCAAGGACUGACCAGGGACCUUUCCAGAGCUCAAGGGUUUCCAGACCGGUAAACCAAUUGCGAACAGUGAGAGGGCGGGAGGGCCCAGGGAGGGCUUUCAUACUGCUGAAUGUUUUCCAGAGAAUAUAUUACAAUCUUUCAAAGUCAUGUACUAGACUUAAGUGGUUUUUCGAGCGAUAGGGCGGCAGACAGUGGGACCAAUGAGAAAAGGCAUUGCAAUCUGCCCCACUGGAUCCUGCAGCCCUCCCAGGAGGGUCCCGCACCCUCCUUCUCCAGUCCCCACUGAAGGGCAAGAGGCAGACCAGCAGCUGGACUUGAUUCUUCCCUGUGCAGUGAUGUUGACCUUUGUACACACCUUGGUUUCUGUUGUAUGAUCAGUUCCCGGUUUAUUCUGUAUUUGACCCCUAUGUCUUGCUCUUCUCCUGAAGAAACCUGUCUUCUUUUUGGCCAUCUCAAAUUGAGAACCUAAACUAUUUCUGCAGAACUACCUGUCCAGCACCCACGAGCAAUACCUCUUGUUGAAGCAGCACCAGGGGAGCCAGUCUCCCGUGAGUCACGAAGCCACCUCUUCCUCUGGGGUCUGGGAGUUUGGCCAAAGCAGGGGGCCUUCCAACCUCUUGCUCUGGUGCAGUUGAAUGUGCUCACUUAUGGGUCUUAUUUUCAUUUUAUGUAAAGCAGUCUUUUGGCACACCUGUGGCUUAGCAGUGGCCCAGGUAAUUUUUUUGUUUCAUGGACUCUGGACUCUUUUUCAAAGGGAUCUGAUCCUUUUGAAUUUUGCAUAGCUCUAGAUAUAAUCCCUUUUGAUAAAAGGGUCUUUGCUUCUGAUUACAGGAGCACUGUGAAACGUCUGUAAAUAUGUUUUUAUAAUUCCAUGUAAAAUUGGUGUGCACUCAAAUGAAACUAGUCCACAGCAGCCGCUGCUCUCUGUACUAGGGCCAUGAUGGAAUUCAAAAGAAACCUUGGGGGGGGGGGGGUUGGAACAAAUGUCUGUUCCCUGGUGGCCAGUCUGGUGCUCAGACCUUUAGACUCAUUGUAAGUUGCCACUGCCAACAUGAGACCAAAGUGUGUGACUUGUCGAUAUGCAGCGUUGACAGCAUUAAAGACUGAUGCUAAACCUCA